AUGAUGAUGGACGAGGAGCAAGAGAAACAACUAAAAGCACAAGUAAAAAUGAGAAAUAAAAAUACUGACAGCAAAGUCUUGGUCCCUAAGAUAAUCCAGCUGGAGACAAAAGCUGAAGAGCCAAAAAAGCAACUGGAAGUUAUGGAAAUGCAAGAAGGUAUAGAUGAAGUUGAUACUGCUGCUUCUUCAAAACAACAAAACAAAAAUGAUCCAGCAAUUUAUUCAACUGUUCACAGUCAAAUGAAACAAAGAGUAGGCCUGACUGAGCUUCUUUCAGUAGCUCAUCCAACAUGUCCGAGUUUGGAAAAAGGACCUGAAGAAGACUUGACACAAGAAAGCAAAAAUGAGCUAGAAAAAGAAAAGCACCAGCUUAAAUCUCAUAACAGCCUCAAUCUAGCUGAAGUGAAAAAAUGUAAUGCAGUACAACGAUCGCACAGUGAUUCUUGUUUACAUGUUGAAGAAGUCAAACUCAUGAAGACAAAAAUGAAGGCAGCGAAGAUUUUAGAAAGAAAGGGUAGACUUAAGAAUACUUGCCAGCUUAUACAGCGCAUAAUAGUAAAGGAUCUUUCAGAUGUGAAAACAAUAGAAUACUUGGAAAACAAAGAUAUAUUAAUAAUGGGUAGAAGACAUAAGAAAUGGUUAUCAGGGAGUACUGCAAUAGCUGUGAUCUUUGAUCAGAAUUGGGACUUAAAGACAAAGCUGGUAGAAAAACAAGUAAAAGAUGUAGCAUCCAAUAAGGAUGUUAUUGUUGUAUCAUGUGAAGAUGAAGGAUCUAACUUGCUGAAGAUAUUUGACAUCACUGGACAACUCAAGCGAAGCCUACCAACACCUUUAUAUGCAGCAAACUGUAUAGUAUUCAAUCAUUUAAAUGAGCUGGUGAUAAAAGCGGAAGGUCACAAUAACAAAGCAAUUUAUCACAUGGAUAUGUCAUUGAUGAGGAUUAGAAGCGCUACACCAACUGGUAUGUUUACAUCUCAAGUGGGCACAAUAGCUGUCACUCCAAACAAUGAUAUACUAAUUGCGGAUUACUGGGAUAACUCUGUGAAGUGCAGGGAUAGAAAUGGCAAGCUUCUUUAUGAGUACAAUGGAGAGCAAAACCAAGAUCUGUUUAAACCCAGUAGUGUCUGUACUGAUGAUAUGGGACAUAUACUAAUAGCCGACAUGGACAAUAACAGAAUCCAUAUACUGUCCCCAGAACAUCAAUUCAUCAAGUUAAUAUCUGUGGAUGCGUUGGAAGUUCCAAAUACAAUUACUGUGAACCAUGAAGGGCACUUAGUUGUUGGAACAAGUCCCACUUCAGGACCAGCUGAAGUUUUCAUUGUGAAAUACAAAGAGU